CCUGUGUAUGUCGCGACUCAAGGCUCACGCUAGGACGCAACAGGAGACCCAUGUAGGAACUAACCUCAACAACCGUUGGCGUGACAGCUUAGUACUGCUGGUUCUUGUGUUCUACAUUGGACUAUUACGAGAUGUCGAAAGUCAUCAUGAAGUGGCAUCCCUUGGGCGAAGAACCCCAUCCUCCGCCUCGGAAAGACUUGGGUACUCUUGGACGUAAAAUCCAACUAAAAGCCAACUAUUUUGCCGUUAAUGUGAAAAAUGAAAAAGUUAAGCUGGUGCAUUAUGAUGUCUCAAUCAAGAAUUUCAAGAAAGAGAAUAUCCAACUCCCCAAGAGGAAACGCUUGGCAGUUUUUGAGGAUCUGAAGAAGACCUAUCCCCAAGUUUUCCAAAAUUUCCGUGUAGCAUUUGACUCAGAAAAGAAUGCCUACAGUGUUAAUGCCAUCCCUCAAACCAAGAAGAAAGGUGGAAUUGAAUACGAAGUUAACUUUAAGGAGGAAGGUGACAGAACAACGAAGUUCUUCGUAACACUUACAAAGGUGAAUGAAGGGUACUUAAAAGACCUUUUUGUAGCUAUAAGAAAACCACCUGAGAAGAGAGAAGAUGUGCCACAAUUCAUAUUCCAGAUGAUUGAGGUAAUGUUUCAACAUAACCCCAGCCUGAGGUAUCAGCGAGUUGGUCGCAACUGCUUUUAUCCCAUGGGAGGAGAGUUUGGUCCUUCAUUUGACAUUGGUGGUGGCAAGGAAGCUCUGAUGGGAUUCUUUGGCUCUCUGAGACCUGCUGCUUGGAAAGAUGGAUGUAUUUUACUCAAUAUUGAUGUUGCUCAUACAGCUUUUUACAAGGACCAGAGUGUUUUGGAAUACAUGAAAGAAGCAUUGAAUUUCCAGCCCCAUGAUUUUAAUUCAACAUUAAGACCUGACAAACAACGUAAACUUGCGAAAGAACUCAGGAAUAUGAGGGUACAAGUAACACACUCACAAAACAAACGAACGUACAAGGUCACAGAUGUCGGAGUUUUGGGAGCAGACCGUCAGACCUUUCCACUUGACACUGGUGGUGGUAAAAUUAAACAGUGUACAGUGGAAAAGUAUUUUUUAGAUUGUUAUAGGAAGAAACUGACUUAUCCACGUCUCAACUGCCUGAAAGUUGGACCAGUUCAAAGGAACAUCUACAUACCAAUUGAAUGUUGCAGGAUCGCAAAAGGACAGAAGGUACCUAAAAAGCUUAGUGACUCAGAGACGUCACAGUUCAUUCGAAAUACAGCCAAAAUUCCAUCAGAGAGACUACAUAAAAUCCAAGAUAUUGUUAAUCAACAAAAUUUGUCAAACGAUCCCAUGAUGAGAGCUUUAGAAUUCAACAUAUCAGACCGGCCAGUGAUUUUGGAUGGCCGAGUUUUGCCUGCCCCAAAGAUUCAGAUGAAUGAAGAGUUCCUGCCCUACCAGGGUGUGUGGGAUGCCCGAAAUCGAAAUUUCUACUUGAGUGCCAAAUUAGGGUGUUGGGCUGUUGUAAAUUAUGAUGCAGGAUAUGUGAAGAAAGACUUCUUGCUUGAGUUUUUAGGAAGCCUGAGAAGAAUGGGACGAGAACGUGGGAUGACCAUAGAAGAACCAGUGGAAAUACGCGAGGUCAGAGACUUCUAUGCAGUUAAUCCUGAAGUUGAUUUUGCCAAUAUCAAGAAGAAGUUCCCUACAAUUGAAAUGAUUAUGGUUGUAUUACCAAAAUCUAAAGAUGUUUAUGGUCGAGUAAAGAAAGUUGGUGAUCGGGUUUUGGGUGUCAUAACACAAUGCAUUCAAGGAUUAAAUGUCAGGAAAAAUCAAGCACCCACUGUUGGAAAUAUCCUGCUCAAGAUUAAUGCCAAGAUGGGAGGCACAAAUAAUGUACUUGGAGUAAAUUCUCGUCCUAUUGUUUUCAGUAAUCCAGUAAUGAUCAUGGGUGCAGAUGUUAAUCAUCCUCAAGCAUCUGAUAUAUCAACUCCUUCCCUAGCAGCAGUUGUAGCCACAACUGAUAAGUUUGCUUCCAAGUAUGCUGUGGAGGUCCGUCAUCAGAAACAUCGCACUGAGAUGAUACAGGACCUUAAGGAGAUGACAAAGAACCUUCUGAUAUCAUUUUAUAAAUCUACAAAACGGAAACCAGAUAGGAUUAUCAUGUUUCGUGAUGGUGUCAGUGAGUCACAGUUCCUAGAAGUAUUGUCAUAUGAACUGAAGGCUAUGCGUGCAGCUUGUACGGAGUUGGAGGAAGGCUAUACUCCAGCAAUGACAUUUAUUGUUGUUCAGAAAAGACACCAUACAAGAUUGUUCUGCCAAGACCGUGAUGGAGUGGGCAGGUCAAAGAAUAUUCCCCCAGGAACUACAGUGGAUACAUUCAUUACUCAUCCCACAGAGAGAGACUUUUACCUGUGUUCACAUCAGGGUAUCCAAGGAACAAGCAAACCAACACACUAUCACAUACUGUGGGAUGACAGUGAUUUAACAAUGAAUGAUCUGCAAACCCUUACCUAUGCCAUGUGCCAUUUGUACUCUCGUUGCACUCGAUCAGUCUCUAUUCCCACACCAGCCUAUUAUGCACACUUAGUUGCAUUCAGGGCUAAAGUACAUUCUCAUGAUCUCUGUCACAGUGAGACAUCCUCAUCGGCAUCAAGUGGCGAAGAAGGUCCAUCUGAUGCUGUUAUGGCUGAAGCUACAAGGAUGGACAGACAGAAGUUAAUUUCCUCAAAACUUUACUAUGUGUAAUUCCUCAAUACUUGUGAAAUUCUUGCUUGAAGUUUAAGUGGCCUGCAACAUCUGAUUCCACAUUUUCACAGCUCAAACGAUAUGAAACUAUCAUGAUUUACACUAAAGAGAAAUAAUUUGGAGAGAGUGAGGUGCUACUCUAUUUUAAAUAUAAUUAUAUUGAUGUAUGUGUGAGAGGCUUCUGAAUAGGAGAAUACAGUACCUGUUGGUUUUCUAAGGACUUUGCAUUACUAACAUUAUGAAAUAAGCAAACUGUGAUUUGAACUAAAGUUACUUUAUGCAAUACAUGUUGUUAUAUGAUAUGUAUUCCUAAACAUUCUAAUGGUAUACUUUAUGCUUGAUCCAGUCAAGAUAUUGGUUUCUUUCAGCUUGUGCAUUUGUAAGUUUGAGAAAUGUGGGUUAGUUUCUUCCCAUAGACGUUGAAGAAAUAUAUUGUAACUAAUGAUACUGUAUGUAAAGAUUUUAAACUACCAUAUUGUAUCCUGCUGUGGUAUAUAUUUUUAAUGAAUUGUAAAAUUUUAACAUGGAUUAGGGGACUUGUGUACUUGUUUCAUUGAGUUUGCAAGUUGAGUCCAAAGGUUCCCAGUAACCCUCCACAUGUAUGACUGGAUUAUUUGCCAAAUAAAUUUAAAAGUCAUAAUCAGUUUCAGCACAAAGUAAGGCAUGGAACCCUUUUGAAACAGAAUUGUAUUAAUGUAGAUGAAUGUAUCGCAAACAUUUUAGCAUCAACUGAUCAUCCACACAUACGAAUAUACUGUACAAGCCCCAAAAUACUUAGAAUGUGUUCAAAGAGUUUUGCUUAUUUGGUUGGGUCUCUUAAGAAAUGUAAAUUUUUCAAUUAAGUGUUCAUGCAUCAGUAAUGUACAAAGGGUCCCUGACUUACGAAUGCCAGCCAAUACGAAAGGGGUGAAACUUUAAA